UCGUCUUUUUCAUCUCUUGUUCAAACGCUCCACCUUCCUUGAUAAUGUUUUUGGCCUCUUAUUACAAAUGGACUUUCAGUGAAGGAGUUGUGUCAGAUGAGUUCAUCCUCACCCUCUUGUAAAGGUCUUUUGUACACUUAGACCUUAUCGAGCGACACCUGCAGACUUGCGUCAAUAUGGAGGAGUUUAUGGAGGACCACCAUUGCGGAGACUCUCUCUUCCCAACCUCCACCCUUAUUCCUGUCACCACCAUUUGCAUCCUGCUCUUCAUCGUCGGCGUAACCGGCAACACCAUGACCAUCCUCAUUAUCCAACGCUUCAAGGACAUGAAGACCACCACCAACCUGUAUCUCUCCAGCAUGGCCAUAUCAGACCUGGUCAUCUUCCUCAGCCUCCCCUUCGACCUCUACCGCCUCUGGAAGUAUGUACCUUGGGUCUUCGGGGAGCUGGUGUGCAGUCUUUCACACUACAUCAAUGAAGCGUGCACCAACGCCACCAUCCUCCACAUCACAGUGCUCAGCAUGGAGCGUUACCUGGCCAUCUGCUUCCCUUUCAAAGCCAAGGCUGCCAUCACCAAGCGGAGGGUCAAGUAUGUCAUCUUGGCUCUGUGGGGCUUUGCCCUACUGUCUGCUGCGCCGAUGUUCUUCCUGAUGGGUGUGGAGUAUGAGAACGAGACAAUACCUGAUCCAGGCACCCGGCAGUGCAAGCACACGCGCUAUGCCAUUGACUCUGGGCUGCUGCACACCACCAUCUGGGUGUCGACCACCUACUUCUUCUGCCCCAUGUUUUGCCUGCUCUUCCUGUAUGGAUCCAUCGGCCGAAAGUUGUGGAAGAGUCGUCAUGAGCUUCAUGGGCCCAAUGCGGCAGCCAGACAGAAGGUUAAUCGGCAGACUGUCAAGAUUCUGGCUGUUGUUGUAUUGGUCUUUGCCAUAUGCUGGCUGCCUUACCACAUCGGUCGGUUCCUCUUCACACACGUUGAUGACUACCACUCCGCCCGCCUCAGUCAGAACUUCAACGUGGCCUCCAUGGUGCUCUUCUAUCUGAGCGCUUCAGUUAACCCUGUCCUCUACAACCUCAUGUCCAACAAGUACCGCUCUGCCAUCAAACGCCUCUUCCUGUUGGCCCGCAGGCACCACCACAGGCCCAACCGGAGGCAUAUUUCGACGUGUGAUGACAUCACCGCCUGCACAGAGACAUUCAGUGGGGUGAAAGAGACUAUAAUGACUAGGGUUGGGUCUCAAGAACCAGUUCCAUUUUAGAACUAUUUCCAAAUUUCCAAGAACUGUGGAUUCGAUUAGAUCAUUUCGAUUCCACUUACUGAUUCCUGUAUGCACAUUUAAACCAAGUGCAAGAAGACGCGAAAGAGAACUCAGUUCAGCACUCAGACACUGUUUUCUCUGCUGCAUACACAUCCAAGUGUGCACGCAAAAAGUCGCCUUUCAUGUAGUGCGCCAAUACUGAACUGAGUUCUCUUUUAUGUCUUUUUGCGCUUGAAGUAAACGUGUAGCAGUAUAUUGGAUCCAUGCAGCUCUUAAAUUGACAGCAGCCUAAUAAACCUGCUGCUGUCUGUGUCAUUAUUAAUCAAACAACAAAAGAAAAAGAAAACUAAAAUUGACUGAAUAACUUUUGUAACGUUAACCCUU